AUGCGACUUGGUGAUUGGUGUGGACUUUGCCUUCUGCACACAACUCACGGCGACCUGCUGCGAAGCUUGCCCCUUCCAAAGCCGUCCAUUCGUUUGCUCGACUCGUUGUUUCCGCCCAGCAGCGAGCGGCCCGGCGGUCUCUCAGGCGGCAUAAGCCGUCUUGCCGCCAGCCACUUAAUCUACAGUCGCGAGGGGCAUUUGGUCGCGCUGGUCAGUCAACGCCUCCUCGUCCUAUAUACACUCAACGGCAAGCUGUGCCGGUUCACUGAUGUUGCUCUCAUUCCAGUGAAAUCGGAAGAGGCCAAUCUGUCCACCAACAAGCGGCCAGGGCUGGCGACGCCGAAUGAGGCAGAGGUGGAAGAAGAACAGGAGGUGGUUGUGGAUGGAGAAGAAAGAUUGGCAACAAUUUUCAAUUUUACACUCGUAUCUACUCACAAAUAA